CCACCGCCCAUCGUCGCCUCGUAGCUUGCUCUCUCUCGUCCUCAUUCGCGAUGGCUCCUCGCAACGUUGUUACUAAACAGAUCCACCAGAAUGCUGUCGACGAAUUCCAUCCCAUCAUCACAGUCCAUUCCAUUCAUGAAUCCGACGUCAAUUCCGAAGACAUCGAAUUUCUGCUGCGCGUCGGCGCAGGGAACUCUCCUCGUUCUGUUGGGAUCGCGCCCGCGUUCUCGAAAAGCGGUGGCCUCCUUGCUAUCGCUCUCAGCGUCGAUCACCUCAUCCUUAUCGUCCAUUUCUACAGCCCGAAACCCGAGAACGGAUCGCGCUCGGCGCGUGAUCUGACUGGCAGGGGUCUGAUCGAGAGCGACAUCCUCUGCAGCGAUAAGCUUCACAUCUAUGCCUUUGACUUAGGUCCCAUUGCUCUACUCCUCCAUCGGAACCACCAACUCCAUCUUACGAAUGGGGUGGACAUCCAGUCCGCUUUUCCCAUUCUAUCCCAGAGUCCUCUCGGGGCGGUCAAGUUCGCGGUGGGUGAUCUAGUCCCCGUGAAUUCUGAGAACAUAUCUAUUUUCUUCGAAGAAAUGAUCUGGGACCCCAAACAGCUUACCGAUCUGGCUCAGAGAGCAUGGCUCGCUUCCUAUGUUGCUCGGUUAGAUUCUGUGCAGGAUUUCUUCUAUAAAGCACCGAAAAUUGACACAAAAAAAUUCAAUGAACAACAACUUGCUUUUAUGUCGAAGGUUGCUUCUGAUUCUCAGCAGCUCAACAGCAAGGCUGCCACUUCUGUUACCCAUGAUUCCACCGCAGAGUGGGACAGGAAGAAGAAGAAGCUUCAGGUCAAAUCCGAACGUUUCCAGUCUCGUGUGAUGAAUGGUGAUCAGUACAAGAUGCUUCCGGAGGCAACUAUGCCAUUUAUGGACAAGCUUCCAGAGUCUCAGGCCGUCAGGCCACUCUUCAAACUGAAGGGUAUUCAGCCUCUUUCUGAUAAUCCUUGGUUGCAGUUAAUCUGGGAUAUGUCUGAGAAUGUGGUCUGGCCAGAAUCCUAUCUCACACCUCUUCCUGUGUCUGCUGAGAUCCCUAUUUCUCUUGAUCCUGAUCGGCCUAUGAAUUCUUCACAGAUUGUUGCAGUAAAGGAUAUGCUUACUCCCUUUCCCAUCAUACCUAUCACCUUGAUCCAAGGGCCUCCUGGUACAGGGAAGACAACUGUCAUUGCUACUUAUGUCUUAUCUGCCAUUGCAGCUGGGCAAAAGGGUAUCUGGCUAGUUGCUCAGUCUAAUGUAGCUGUCAAAAAUAUUGCUGAAAAGCUGGCUGCUGUCGGGUUUUUUAAUUGGAGACUUAUAGUCUCUAAGGACUUUCAUUUUGACUGGCAUGAACAUCUUUAUAAGCAGAUUUCUCGCAACCUUAUUCCAUCUUCUGAUUUCCCUCGAGGACCCACUCAACUAGGCAAAACCUUGGAUGGCUCACAAGUUCUUCUCUGCACACUUUCCAUGCUUUCCAAUUCUCGUCUAAGAGAUGUUGGCUUUAUUAGAGCAGUACCUCUAACUACCCUUAUUAUUGAUGAGGCUAGUCAGAUUGAGAUUGGAGAUUAUGUUUCUAUCUUUACAUCUUUUGACACAAUCCGUAAGGUUUGCUUUAUUGGGGAUGAUAAGCAAUUACCUCCCUAUGGACAAGAGGAAAUUCAAAAUCUGCAAAGUAUCUUUGAGAAACCUCACCUACAGAGAAAUUUCUUGGAUACUCAGUAUCGGAUGCCUCCUCAGAUUGGAAGCUUCAUCUCUCAAGAAGUUUAUGACAAUAAACUUGACUCAAAUCCUCUCCAUCCAGUUAAAUCAUCCACAAUUGCUUGUCAAUUUAUUGAUGUCGAAGACGGGUUUGAACAACACGACGGCACAAGUUGGAAGAAUCUUAAAGAGAUAGAGGCCAUCAUGCUUCUUGCUCAGCGCCUUCAAGACGAGGGAAGAAAUUUUCGUAUUAUUACCCCAUACGAUGCCCAGCGGAGCCUUAUCGAGAGUGCUCUAAAAGAGCAAGGACUUCAGUGGGCAGACAAAUGCUUCAAUGUCGACUCAUUCCAAGGAAACGAAGAGGACUACAUUAUUAUCUCAGUCGUGCGCUCGAAGGAUCUUGGAUUCCUCUCAAACCUCCGGCGCACGAAUGUGAUGCUCACGCGAUGCAAGCGAGGCAUGUACAUUGCCUCGAGCAAGAAGUUUUUGGACGGGAAGGGCGCAAGCUCCCUUGUAGGAAAGAUGGCGGCGCACUUCGGUGAGAGUGCCUGGAUAUCCUGGAGGGACCUUGUCGGAGGGAACUUCUGAUGAGGUGGAACAUAAGACCAGAGGCGCAAUGCGCGCGCGCGAAACGAAUGUAGAGUUCUAUAGUAUGCUCUAUGCAAAUCUAUUUAGCUCAC